UGCAAGAGAGUGACCUGGAGUGAGAGCCAAGCUAGGAGAUGUUAAUUUGAGUUGGCAGGUCUGCAGUAUUUGUGGACUCUCUCCAGCUGGUUUCUGCUGUUCCCCUGUCUCCUUUGAAGGAUUAGAGUGGGCAGGAGGGGGUGCAUUUCACUGGGCUUCUGCACGGGAAAGCUGGGGGUUUUUUUGUUUGUUUGGGGUUUAGGGGUUUUUUUUUUCCUUUUUGCCUUGGGGAAGGUUCCUCAGUGAAGGGGAAGUGGCAGCACCUGUUCCCUCAGCUCAGCAUCUGCCUCGUGCUACUGAUGUCCAGCUGCCUCCAAGGAGCAGGUUCCAGACGACGGAAGAAAGGAAAGCAGCUCCAGUCAGUUUUGACAGGUGUUUCUCUCGGUGGGGCCACACUGACCAUGCUCAGGAGCUGCUGUCUUCAGCUCAUGUCCUUGGUUUGGAUUCUCUUGGCCCAUCACCAGCUUGCCCAAGGUGAUGACUGCAGUGAGCACUGUAACCUGGCGCACGGGUGCUGUGACCAGGAUGGCAAGUGCAGGUGUGACCCAGGCUGGGAGGGUGAGUACUGCGAGAAGUGUGUGCGGAUGCCAGGCUGCCUCCAUGGGACGUGCCACCAGCCUUGGCAGUGCAUCUGUCACAAUGGCUGGGCAGGAAAAUUCUGUGACAAAGAUACACACAUCUGUGAGCACCAGCCUCCAUGCCAGAAUGGAGCCCAGUGCAUCUACGAUCGAGAUGGGGAGUACUCCUGCCUGUGCCCCGAGGGCUUCCAUGGAAAGGACUGUGAGAUGAAGAUAGGGCCAUGUGAGAAGGCAGGGUUUCCAUGCAGGAAUGGUGGGCAGUGCCAGGAUGAAAAUGGCUUUGCUAGUAAUUUCACCUGCAAGUGCCUGGCUGGCUUUGUUGGUGCCCGCUGCGAGAAUAACAUAGAUGACUGCCUGAUGCGCCCCUGUGCCAACGGUGCCACCUGCCACGAUGGUAUCAACCGCUUCUCUUGCCAGUGCCCAGCAGGCUUUGAAGGGCGUUUCUGCACUGUUAACAUUGAUGACUGUGCCAGCCAGCCAUGCAAGAACAGAGCAAAGUGCUAUGACCGCUUCAAUGAUUUUGACUGCUUGUGUCCAGAUGGUUUCACUGGUAAAACUUGUGAGGUCGCCACUGCAGAACCAACCUGGAUCACCUUCUACCAUCCAGCUGACAGGGAGGACAACGAUCCUGGGAGAAGCACAACCAGUGAGUACCCCUGGGUUACUCAGCCUGAGCCUGUCAGAACUGUGGUUACUGGGAGGCGGAGCACCAACCACAGCGAAAAAGCCAGUGAAAGUGGGUUGUUGAAAAUCUCUGUCAAAGAGGUGGUGACCCAACGGGACUCAGGGCUGAGUGAGGCCCAGCUGGUGACAGUGCUGGUGUUUGGGGUGCUCACUGCUGUGCUGGUCCUGGUCACUGUAUUGUUAAUUCUGAGGAACUGGCAGAGAGGGCGCCGGAGAUCCAACUGGUGCCAAAGCCCCUCACAGUCUGCAAGGAAGCUACAGGAGCAAGAGUGUCAAGUGGGCAUGUUAAAUGCAGUCCUGAUAGAGCCCAGGAAGACUACAGAGCUGUGAGGACUCUGGCAUUCUCAGAGUUGGGCCCUGGCAGGUCACCAUGCCAACAAACCCUUCGAAUCAUGCCCUGGGAGCCAUUCUGGUUGAAUAUUUCCAAAGCACUAAAGGUCUCUGGUGCAAACUGAUCUGUGAUUCAGUAGGGAAGCAUUCCUAUGGACAGCAAAUCCUUAUCUGAAACCACAGCUCUUCAACCUGGUAUGACAUCCUGGCUGCAUCUAAUCUUAUUUUCAUCAUCUAGGCACCUUGAGCAUCCACGGGAGUCAAAAGGGUUGCACCAGAAAAGCCCACCAUGGGAAGCAGCAGCAUGCUGAUUUUGGCAGCUAGCACCAAGGGACACUGGUACCAUCUUCUAUGCACUGAACCAAGCUCCUGGGACUCAGGUUGGCAGUGCCAGAGCAGGGGCAGGGCACAGCUUUCUGCACUGGGUGGUCCCUUGCCAUAGCCCUUGCUGGGGCCUCUGGACCUGGACCACAGCCCCUGCUAGGGCCUCUGGACCUGUUGCUUCUCCUUGUGCUCUGCUCUGGAGUCCCCUGGGGCUCCCAGCUCUUUCUGCAGGUCAUAGUUUGUCCAUGUCAGCUUCCACCUCUCCUGGAAGCAAACCAGCCAUCUGCCUCUGUGGCCUUGUGGGGAGCCAGUUUGGAGGAACUCGGGAGACCAUUCAAUACUCCAUCGUGCCCUUUCUUGGCUCAAUACAAUGUCCCUCCCUCUUGCUGUUGGCCUAGGGGUUGCGAGCAUGUUUUGUACCUCCCUCCCUCCGUGAUCCAUGUGACUUUCCCCCCCUUUAUCAACCCGUCUCAUCUAGUUUGGAUGGCAAUUCAUGAAGCUCCCUCCCUGCCUCAGCAUGCACUUCCAUCUCACUGCCCACUGAUGGGAAGGGACAGAGCUAGACUUGCUGCAAACGCAAAGCCAGCUCCCUCCAGGCUUGAUGAGGACCAGGUUUGCCCUCCCCACAGGUGCCUUCAGGUGGAACUGGAUGUGGAGAAGGCUGGAAGGGAGCUGGGGCUGGUUUGGUGGUGAGCCUGGUUCCAGUUCAUCACUUCCCCCUCUCAAAGCAUGCUACCAGGAGUAACCUACAACCAGGCAUGGGAACACUUGAAGACUAGGCCUUCCGCACAGGAUGCAAAGGAGGUUAGAGAUUAAAUCCAGAGCCUGGGAUAGCCCUGGGGAACAAAGAGGUGGCAUUGCCUUCAAAGUUGCCGUGACUGCACCUUUCAGUUUGAAGCCCGUCAAAGGCAUCUAAGAGAGUGGGAUACAGGUUGUAGCUGUAUUGGUCUAUAGGCAAAAGGAAUCAGCGCUCAUGGCAGAGGUGAUGUCUUUUAUUAGACCAAUUAGAUAUUUGCAAAACAAUUCUUUAUUUGCAAGCUUUUGGGCGCACACACCCUUCCUCAGGCUUAGGAAAAUGCAAAGAUUGUAAAAUUUCCUCUAGGUAGAAAUGAAAAUUCAUAUGAAUAAAUAAAGAAUAAAGAUUUUUUUCUGCAAAUAUCUAGAUGUCUAAUAAAAGAUAUCACCUCUAUCACAGGUUCUGAUUCUAAGAGAGUGGGGCAUGUACCUAAGGCAUUUCUUGCCUAGUUUGAUCCACUGAGCCUGGACUGCUCCAGUUAGAGAAACCCUCCACAGGGGCACAAGGCUCUUUGUGCCUCCAAGGUGUGUGCUGGGGGGAGAGGGAGGAAGCGUUAGAGCAAAGCCUCACACAGGAUGGAGGGAGUCUCCCAUGCUGUAUUCAGAGGGAUGCAGAGACCACGUCACUUCCAGGGCUGAGAAACCAGAUAGCAGGCAAGAGUGAGGUUUCCACAUGGAGGAAGAAGCAGAGCAGGCAAACAGACUGUGGGGAGAGGGGACAGGGGCUUUACCAGAAAGAUUAUUUUUUUAAUACAAGGAUGGAUGAUGUAACUUUAUCAAAUAAAACAAAUGAAACACCA